GCAACUUUGGAAUGAACGGCGAUCUAGCUAGCAAUAUGAAAACUAGUGUGCCUAUACUGACACUUUCUGCUGAAGCUUGUCCUCCUGUUCCUGAAGGCUAUCCAUACAAUGGUUUGACAGAUGAACAACGACAGCUUGUAGAUCGUUUAGCAAAACAUGCUCCUACACUCUUUGACACUAAUGGCACUCCAGAGCAACAGGCCAAAGAAGCCAAGUGGACAAACGCUGUUUGUCUAAUUCGCUAUCUCAAGGCAACCAAGUGGGAUUAUGAUCUUGCUGUCACUCGAUUGUCUGCUACUUUGGCAUGGCGCAGAGAAUACAAACCAGACGAGAUCACUGCAGAUGAAGUCGCUCCCGAAGCACAAACCGGCAAAGAGUAUCUUUGUGGGUUCGAUAAGCUUGGACGUCCAAUUAUAUAUCUUGUUCCUUCGAGAGAAAAUACAAAGACAUACGACCGGCAACUCCGAUUUGUAGCUUAUAACAUUGAAAAGGCAAUCCUAGCAAUGCCAUAUGGAGUUCAAAGUAUUUGCAUGGUUGUGGAUUACGAAAACAUCAGCAUGUCUACUGCACCUCCUCUUUCAGUCACUCGUCGCUUCCUUCAAAUCCUUGGUGAUCAUUAUCCAGAGCACCUUGGUACGUCGUUUAUUAUCAAUCCAAGUUGGUACCUCUCUGUUCUUUUCAGAAUCAUUACUCCUUUUAUGGAUCCUGUAACACGAUCCAAGUUGCAUAUGUGCAACCUUAAAGCAUUAAUAGCACAAGAGCGUUCUGGAAAAGAUGCAUCCAAUACUGCAGCCGCCGGAAAACCGACUGAAGGCACUGGAGGGUGGACAGACAUUCGUCACUACAUCUCAAAAGACAAUCUUGUCUCAGAGUAUGGCGGCGAGUAUAACUUUGAAUGGAAUUUUGAAACCUAUUGGUCUGCUUUAAGCUCGUUAAAACCUGGAAAUGUUGAUACACACUAG